CUCCCUCUAUCUUCAUAAGAUUUUCGACCUAUGUGAUAUCUCAUCAAGCUCCCACAAAGCACCCUCUCUCUCCCUCUCUCUCUCUAUUAUUUCUCUAUUAUCAUUGUCAUGGGAGCCUUUCCUCAUUUCGAGCCAAUAACCAAAUGCAGCACCAAAGACCGCUCCAACCAAACCGUAGCUUCCGACUUAGACGGCACUCUCCUCGUCUCUCGCAGCGCGUUUCCGUACUACCUCCUCGUCGCUCUCGAAGCCGGCAGCAUCCUGCGAGCGCUUCUCCUCCUCGCCUCGGUCCCUUUCGUCUACCUCACUUACCUCUUCAUCUCCGAAACCCUCGCCAUCAAAACCUUAAUCUUCAUCACCUUCGCCGGUCUCAAACUCAACGACGUUGAGGUCGUGUCGCGUUCGGUGCUUCCGAGGUUCUACGCCGAGGACGUGCACCCCGACACGUGGCGCGUCUUCAACGCCUUCGGGAAGCGCUACAUUGUGACCGCCAGCCCCAGGGUGAUGGUGGAGCCCUUCGCCAAAACGUUUCUCGGCGCCGAUAAGGUGCUCGGAACGGAGCUUGAGAUAACGGCGUCAGGGAGAGUAACGGGGUUCUCUAAAGUGCUCGUGGGUGGGCACAAGAAAGAAGCGCUCGUGAAGGAGUUUGCGACCAACUUGCCAGAUUUGGGACUCGGAGAUAGUGCAACGGACUUUGACUUCAUGUCAAUUUGCAAGGAAGCAUAUAUGGUGCCAAGGAUCAAGUGUGAGCCACUACCAAGAAACAAGCUUCUAAGUCCAAUUAUUUUUCAUGAGGGCCGUUUAGUUCAAAGGCCAACUCCUCUUGUGGCCCUAUUGACCUUCCUAUGGAUGCCAAUUGGUAUUAUACUCUCUAUUCUAAGGGUCUACCUCAACAUCCCUCUGCCGGAAAGAAUUGCUUGGUACAAUUAUAAGCUUCUUGGAAUAAGGGUCAUAAGGAAGGGUACCCCUCCACCACCACCAAAGAAAGGUCAAAGUGGAGUUCUAUUUGUUUGUAACCACCGUACAGUUUUAGACCCUGUGGUUACGGCUGUUGCACUAGGAAGGAAAAUUAGCUGUGUCACAUAUAGUAUAAGCAAAUUCACUGAAAUCAUUUCACCAAUCAAAGCCGUGGCACUCUCAAGGGAAAGGGAGAAGGAUGCAGCUAACAUCAAGAAAUUGCUUGAAGAAGGGGACUUGGUGAUUUGCCCUGAAGGCACCACUUGCAGAGAACCAUUCCUUUUGAGGUUCAGUGCUCUUUUUGCUGAACUAACUGAUAGGAUUGUCCCAGUUGCCAUCAACACAAAGCAAAGUGUGUUUUAUGGGACCUCGGUUCGCGGGCACAAAUUGUUAGACCCUUAUUUUGUGUUCAUGAAUCCUAUGCCAACAUAUGAGAUCACUUUCUUGAACCAAUUACCAACAGAACUCACCUGCAAGGGAGGCAAGUCUUCUAUUGAAGUUGCAAAUUAUAUUCAAAGGGUUCUUGCAGGGACUCUGGGGUUUGAGUGCACCAAUUUAACUAGGAAGGAUAAGUAUGCCAUGCUUGCAGGAACAGAUGGAACCGUUCCAUCUAAGAAAAAUGCUUAAAUUUGGACAGGGACAGAGUAAUUCCCUUUUGAUUUGAUUUUCUCAAUUGGUCAGGUUGUUUCCAAAGUUCAAACGUUUAGAAUAAUUAAAACAAUAAAAACUGAUUAUGUUUAUUCCCACAAAAAUAACAGUUUAUGUAUAUUGUUAUUAAAUACAAAUUAUAGUUUCUGUUGUUGGGUAAGAAAUCUCUAGCACAUUUUCUUUUGUGAGGUUAUUAAUAAUAUUUCACUACCAUGUAUGAUGGUUAUGACAAAUAUAAUAUUACAGAUAGAGGUAUGUGAUCA